AUGAAUGUAUUAGAUUUGCAUGAAAAUAUUGGCCUGAUUCUCCAGCUCACCUCAGAGGUUUUAUUUGACAUCUAUGGGACACUCCCAGCGUUCUCCGUGAGGGGGGUAAAUGUGCCUUGGCCAUACCCUGGUGCCAUUCUCCUGUCUGAUGGUCACAAUGAAGACCUUGCCUACUACUCUCAGGGAGGACCCUCUUUGGGGCAGAAGGCUGAAGAGAUCCCUGUAAAGGAGAACGAAAACCUGGUUGCAGAUGAGAUGAGGAGGCUGCAGAAACAGCUUUGGAUUGCAGCAGAGAAGAGGAAGGGUUAUGGAGCCAACGUGAGGCGGCACUUGCAGGCCCAGCAGAAGGAAAUCAAGUCGCUGACUCAGGGACACUUAGAGGUGGCAUUAAUGAUGCGCCAGAUCACGCCCAGCAGAAGCCCCGUCCUGGCCGACAGAAAUCGUGUGGAGAUCAACCGCCUCCUGCAGUUAAAAAGCCAGAACGAGGCAGUGAUUAGAGAGAGAAAGGCCCAGUUGGCUGAGCUGGACAAGCAGAUACAUGAGCUGGAAAAAGAGAUUGUAAAGCAAAAGCAGAAAGGAGCGAAGGCAAAGCAAGCCAAGGAUAACAAACUGCUGCAAAAGAAGCUCGAGACCCUGGAGAAACGUCUGUACAACGCCACUGUCCGGUUCGAUAGCAGCCUUGCCAGGAAUAACAAGCUCCGUGAAGAGAUUGAAAACAUGAGGGUCCAAAAGGCCAUUUUGGACAAUGCCUAUUGGAAGCUCCAUAGGAAGCUGGAGCAGCAGAGGCAAAGGAUGACCACUGCCAUGGAGCAAUGUACAGAGGCCAAAGAGCAGCGGAUGGAAGCAGCGGCUACAAUAGAUGAGAUAAAGAAAAGGAACAUCCAGGAGACUGUCCAAUACAGGGAGGAGCUGGAGAAGCUGAAAUAUAUCCCCAUAAAGGAGACCAAACUGAAAAACUUCAUGGUCUCCAAAUUAACUGAUCGGUCUGGAUUGGAGGAGAAAGCCGAAAAAGAGAAAGCCUUGAAGGCAGCCGAGCGGGCCAAGAAGAGACAGUGGGAGAGCAUGGAGAGCCGGCAGGUGGCUUACAAGCGCCUUACGGAGAUGUCAGAGGAGAAGGACAUUGGCCAGCUCAUGAACAUCUUCAUGGAAAGGGAGGACCAGAACUUCUCCAGCUUCGGCUACUCCAACAAGCUAAAGGAUGAUGUGGAGAAACUGAAGCAGCAGAUCAGUGACCUCCAGACCAAAAUUUCAGCCCUCACCACAGAUCAGGAGCGUGCAGAGAGGAGCAGCAUUCAGGUUCUGAAGGAGCUGGAGGAGAAAUUAAUGGAAACCACAAAGGAGGCCAACUUGUGUGAGGAAAGCUUGAAGGAGACCAGCAAAAUCCUGGGCCAGAAAAAAUCAGACAUGGAGGCCCUGCUGAAAGAAAUCAGCAGAGACAAUGAGAUAACAGAAGAGCUCAAAGGAAUGGGGCAGAUCACCCACCGCAGCCUGGUGCAGUUUUUUGGUCUCCUGGAGAAGAUGACCAAUGAGCUCCUGCUAAAGGAGUCCAUCCUACGAUACAUAUCAAUGGAGGUCUCCGAUCAACCCCAGCCCUUCACCAGCCCAUUGCUGGGUGACACUGAUCCUCUCAUCCAGGAGAUGGACCCGGCCCAGCUCUUCCCAAGGCCCCCGUCCCUGAAGAGCAGUGUUGAUGUCAUUGAUGCCUUGGAAGAGCCACUGGACCACCAGCAGCUGCGCCAACUGGUUCUGCAGAGCCAGAGGAAGGAGUAGGGCAAAACCACCAGCAAGGA